CUAUGAUACAGAGAAUGUGCUAACCUAUAUGUAGAGAGGUAGGGGAGGCGAUAUGUAAAACUAAAAAAAGACCAAUCAUUUAUGUAUCGUCUUCUUUUCCUUCUGAGACUGCGCUCUGACUAGGUUCUGUUGUUUUCGGAUGUCCUGGUUCUCUUCCUUGUUGCUCUUACUGUGAUGGUUCCGGUUGUGAUUGUGAUUGUUGUCAAAUAUAAAAUUGUUUACAUAUAUUAUAUAUGGACGUGCGGUUUUUACUCAGAUUUUCCCUUUUGGCGCUUUCGCUUCUUCGCUUGUUUUCCGAAUUUUGUGGUAACAUCAGCAAGAAGUUCGUUCAUAAUGGUACCUAUCUAUUCUUGCCUUGAUCUUGCGUUUGUCGUUUCUUUGGGUUGGUUUUUUUGAUCAUGUGUUCUUCGCGGUAACCCACUUGUUCAGGAGGUCGUUGUUGCGGUCAAUCCAUCCGUAGAAUAUUUUUAAUGCUAUCGAGUUCGGCUUGCAGAAGAAUUUUCAAGUUUUUUGAUAACUUCUCGUUGAUAAUAACUUGUUAAUCGCGUUGAAUCGCUUACGGUAAACAUAUUGGAUAUGAUAAAAA